UAUCGCUUUUUCGUUCUGUUUCAUUUGUCGAGAGGGCGAUGCUGUUUAACGAAGUGUUUUAAUAUUUUUUACGAUUUGUUGGGAAGCUUGAAAUGUAAUACAGUACAAUCAAAUCAAUAAUUGAAUUAGUCUUCAGAUAAAUAACAUUUUAGAAGAGUGAAAUAUCGGAGAAGAUAUGGCGCUUGAAUCAAAUAUCGGUAAUUUAGAAGAAGAAGCUCUGAAGAGGAAGGAGAGAUUGAGAUUAUUGCGAGAUAAAGCAAAAGGAAAGAAAAACGAAGAGAAAGAAACUUCAAAUAAUAAAGAAGAAUUACCUAAACCAGUAUUUAGAAGCUAUCAACCUCAAGAUAAAACUUUACAAGAAAAUAUUUUGCCAAAAACAAAACCUGAAUCAGUGGAAGAAGAAGUACAAGAUCAUGUUGCAGCAGGAAAUCCAGAACCAUUGAUUAAUGAAGUGGAUCUUUCAAGUUUGGCACCACGUAAACCAGAUUGGGAUUUGAAGAGAGAUGCAGCAAAAAAACUAGAAAAAUUACAAAGGAGAACUGAAAGAGCUAUUGCAGAACUAAUUAGAGAAAGAAUUAGUUCUGGUGGACAAAAUUUAGCUGAAGCUGUAAAUACUAUCAGGGCAGAAAAUGUAGAUUCUGAGUGAUGUAUUAAAUAAAAUUUUUUAAAUUAUAAA